AUGAUGGAGAGGAGAAGAAAAGAGAUGAUUCUGAUGGAGAGAGGUCUACACAGUCCCGUGUCUGGCAAAAGGCUCUCAAACCUGUCAGACUCGGCUGGAAAUUCAGUGUUGGAGGCCCUUGAAAAUGCUCAGCACAGUGAUCGACUAAACCCGACAAUAACUUCCGCCUCGCUUCAUGGAAGUCUCGGGGAUAUUCCAAACAAAGGCAAGUUCGAAACGGACAGUCUUUUCGGUGCCCACCACAACAGCGAGAAUAACUCCUCAGCGGAGAUUUCCUUGUCAGAAAGCAGAAAACAAAUCCACUUGUACCCUGAAGUUUCUCAAGACUCAGACAUGAACAGUGAUGUGGAAGUGGGAUGCCCAUCGUAUCGUUCCCCGAGCCAACACAAGGAAAACAACAACAAAGGUUUUUCUGACAAUAAUUCUGGAGGCUCCAACACAAAUUCAUCCUCCCUUUCCAAUUUUAACGGCAAUGGAAUGUGUUCAAACAUGUCAAAUGCGGAUCAGGUGAGAAGGUACCGGACUGCAUUUACCAGAGAACAAAUAGGAAGACUGGAGAAAGAGUUUUACAGGGAAAAUUAUGUCUCAAGACCAAGAAGAUGUGAACUUGCCGCAUCACUCAAUCUACCUGAAACUACAAUAAAGGUAUGGUUCCAGAACAGGCGGAUGAAGGACAAGAGGCAACGUUUGGCAAUGUCUUGGCCCCAUCCAGCAGAUCCAAGCUUUUACACCUACAUGAUGACGCACGCGGCAGCCACCGGAAGUCUACCAUACCCUUUCCAUUCUCACAUACCUCUACACUAUUACCCGCAUGUGGGUGUCACAGCAGCUGCCGCUGCCGCAGCUGCGUCUGGUGCUGCAUCGUCACCUUUCACUACCUCCAUUCGCCCUCUCGAUACUUUCCGUGCACUCUCCCAUCCUUAUUCACGCCCAGAGCUUCUCUGUGGCUUCAGGCACCCAGGACUUUAUCAGUCAGCCUCAGGCCUCAAUAGCUCUGCGGCAGCAUCAGCAGCAGCGGCUGCAGCAUGUGCAGCUGCGGUCAGCGCACCAUCGGUCACUGGGCCAUGCUCGUGCCUCAGUUGUCACAGCAGCCAGGCGGCCAGCGCGCUAGGCUCCAGAAGUACAAACACUGACUUCACCUGCACCGCAUCCGGGCAAAGGUCCGAAAGUGGAUUCUUUCCGUAUUCUGCCGCUGUCCUGAGCAAAACCUCGGCUCCAUCACCAGAUCAGAGAGAGGAAUCUUCACUAAACAGAUAA